AUGAUAGCUUUUGAGAGCAAGCCUGUAGUGAAAGAUAAACUUGUUCUUAAAAAAUUAGUAAAAUAUGAACCUAUGGAAAGCAAACCUUUAGAGAUUAUUAUCAAAGAUGAACUUGUGACAGAUGAAAAUGUGAAAACCUUGGAGUGCAAAAUUGUGAAAAACAGAUAUGAAAAUUUGGGAGUAAGCAAAAAUAUAAAGACAAUGAAAGGCAAAACUAUAGAGGAUGAAACUAUGAAAUAUAAAACAGUGGAAUGUGAAAAUAUGAGUAUCGAAUCUUCUUUACUUAAACAACAAAAAGAAGAUCCUAUGAUGUUUGUUCAACCUUUAAUAAAUCCUAAUAGUAAUCGACUAUCUGAGAUGCAAACUAUGCAAUGUAUUGAAUUUAUUAAUGCACUUAUACAUAAGGCAGUUACAUUUAGUUCUAAUAUGUCAGAAGUAGCUAAAGCUUUAGAACUUCAUAUAGAAAAGAAGGAAUUAAAUAAGAAUGAGAAUAAUAUGUGCAGUCUUAUUCCUAAACAUUAUUAUAAUAUUCAAGAAGCUCAGAUUUACAAUCAUCUACAAAAGAAAAUAGAUUAUGGUCACAUUAUGGGACAUUUCAAAAAAGUGCUAAACUAUUUAUUAGAGGAUAAUAAUCAAAAUGAUUUAGAUAAACUUAUUCUAUCUUAUAUUGCUAAAAAGAAAACAAUAUCUGGUGGACCUUCUAACAAAAGAUUAAAGGCCUCUAAUAAAGAUAAAAGUAAGAGCAGUAAUAGUAAAACACAAAUAGUAGUUUAUAACAAUGUUGAGAGUGAUAAUAGUAAAAUUGAUACAAAUAGGCAUAAGUGUAGAUUGUGUUAUAAAAAAGGUCAUUAUGCUCUUAGAUGUUCUAAUAAGAAAAAUAAACAAAUCUAA